AGGACACCAUAUGGCGUAUCUCUCUCUCUCUCUCUCUCUCUCUCUCUCCAAACUCUCUCUCUCACUUUCUCUCUCCAAACUCUAUUUAAAUACCAUCACACCACACUCCUCUCUCCCAUGCACUUGUCUUCACACCCAACUCCACUUCUUUAGUAUUCUUCCUCUCUCAAAAUUUCUCCUUCUUCAUCACUCUCUCAGUCCAUAACUUGUCUCAAGCACUUCUCUAGUAAUACUCUACCAUUUGUCUCUCUGUGUUAUACCUCUCGUUCAUUAGCUUUAAUUCUGACAAUGUCUAGCCGAAGAUCGCGUACCAGGCAGUCAGGAGCUUCAACGAUCACUGAUGAACAGAUGGCCGAUCUGGUGUCCAAGCUGCAACAACUUAUUCCUGAGAUUCGCAACAGGCGCUCAGACAAGGUGUCGGCUUCAAAGGUGUUGCAGGAGACUUGCAACUAUAUCAAGAACUUGCACAGGGAGGUGGAUGACCUAAGUGACCGGUUGUCGGAGCUCUUGGCUUCCACAGACAGUGACAGUGCUCAAGCAGCUAUCAUUAGGAGCUUACUUAUGUAAUAGACAGACCUUUCAAUUUCUUCUUCUAUGCACUAGUGUGAGUCCACUAGACCACUAGAGUGGUCAAUCACAUUGGGCUCCAUUUGUAACCAUAUAUGCAUAGACUUGUAGUAUUUACUUCAUCUAUAUAUAUAUAUAUAUAUAUAUAUAUUAUAUAUAAUAAAAGGGGUUGCACUUGAUAUAUCAUAUAUGCUCUUACUUAUAAUAAAAAUAUUAAAGGAUCUAGUUUUUGUAGCCA